GGUACCCUUGAAGUAGCUCUCAGUUUAAAAAGGUUGGUGACCCCUGGUGUAGACUGUGAAGAGCUUUCAGGCGUCUAAAUGACCAGCCUUCGAUUUGUUGAUGUGUUUAUGUCCCUCUCAGCAGCUCAUGUGUCCCUGAUGACAAAGAGCAGCAUGUCAUUUCUUUCUCCUGAGCCUCGCUGUAAAAACACUCGCAGACACUUUUAUGGACUCAUUAACAAAACCGCCGAACAAUCAAUGAGAACAGCUUCCUGUUCAGCCCCCUCACUGCCUCUCUCUCUUGUUUGUUGUAUCUCUGCUAUUAUUCUGCGAGCACUGGCUCCCUGUUCUGCAUUUGUUUGUGUACAUAUCAUUUUUUGUGCGCCGUGGUCGACCAGCAGCGGUUUGUUUAGCAAUACGAUUUCUGGGAGGAGCGGGUGGGAGGGCACUCAGUGCCAGUGUGGCUGCCUGGGCUGGGAGGACUGUCAGCUUCAUCAACACGUGUGCUUUGAGUUCACACCUGUUGCUCCUCUGUAUGGUUCGAUUGGAGAGAGGCACAGCGUCUAGCAUUACUUAGUCCGACUCAACAGAUGCUUUACGUGGAGAAAAAUAGGGAUUUAUGUCCCUGUUUCUGAGCUGAUGGAUGGAAAACUUAAAUUGUUUGUUCCCUUAAUGCUUCACCCUCUCCCCCACGCUGUUGCCACUUGACUGACUGCUGCCUGCAUCCCAAGAGGCCUCCGGGAAAAGAUAACAUCAGCAGAUACAAACUGUCACAUCCCCAGGCUUAAACUGAAAAAAUUGCCCACCUGAGAAAGACAUUUACUCUCAUAUUCUGUGUCACAUUAAUUUUUUAUUUAUUAACCCUAAUCCUAUCUGACAUGACAAAAAAGGGCUACCUAUGUAAAUAUUAUAUCUUCCCCGGUUUCUAAUGUAGUUUCACACAUUUUAGGGUUACACAUUUUUAUUGCAAGCCACUUGGUCAACAAUGUCUAGUGUCUUGUGGGUGUAAAUUAGCAUAUCAGGGAAGAUAUUUACUUCUUGAUAUGCUAAUUUAUCAGUUUUACGUGUUUAUAGCUCUAUAACUUUACAUCAAAGUCUGUUUUCAGGUGUAAAGUAAUACUGCAUAUGUGUUAAAAAAAACGUUUUUAUGACUUCAGGGGAAAAUGUGUGAAGUGUGAUAACUGUCCUCAAAUGAUGUCACUGUGGCUAAGGACUACAAGUCUGAUAAAAACCCGCUGCCCAUCUCUGCUGCAGGCUAGAGGCCCACGGCUGCUCAGCUGCUGCUGGCAGAACUCCCCCAAAUCGCUGAAGCAACUGUUGGCAGUCGAGUUGGAUUGUGGGUAAAGUGGGUGCUAUGUUUUGAUAAGGAAGAAGAAUGCAGGGGACGGACUACAAGUUUACCCACUGCACGACUACUCCUGCUCCUGUACACGGCAGUCACCUCUAAAUGAUGGAAACCCUCAUCCCUGAUUGGCUUGUGUACCUUCUGACAAGCGGAGCUUAAAGACGACAUCCUUGCUGUUCUCUUCUUCAUCGCAGUGCUCAUUGGCCGGACCUUUUUGAGGAAUAUUGUCCGUAUCGUGAGGAAUAGUUCUCAGAUUUCCCUUCAACUGAACUGUAGGUAACUGAUGGCUGUUACAUUUCCACCGGGUGGUUUGCACUGCCUGGAUUUUAAAAAGGAUCAUUAGCAACCACGACCUCUUCUGCUCCGGAGUUUUCCCCUACUUAUGCUUGUGUGCGAAUGUGGUUUUAGUGUGAUUGUCUGUUUGUGUUUGCAUCUGCAUGGCGUAAGUGAGGGAUAGAAAAUAAGGAUUCUUUUUCACUCAAAGAGGACAAAAGAAGACACAGCAAACAAGUUGAAAACAAGGAGUCGCAACUAUGUCCCAGUGGAGGCACCAUUCAAGGACUGGUUGUCAGCUACUCCAGACUGCCAAGAGUAAGAGCAGGCUGAUGGGAUACGUAAGGCUUGAAGGUUCCUUAAGCAGUGGUCGGUGGGUGUCCUCUCUAAUAGGGCUGGGACUGAUGCUGCUGCUGCAGGCAUCUCCUACUGCUGUGUCGGCUCAGAAACUCGACGAGAACGACCCGGUGGUCACCACCACGUAUGGCAAGCUGCGUGGCGUUAAGAAGGAGCUCAACAACGAGAUCCUGGGUCCCGUCGUGCAGUUCCUGGGCGUUCCGUACGCUGCCCCGCCCACCGGCGAGCGCCGCUUUCAGCCACCAGAGCCACCGGUGUCAUGGCCGGAGAUCCGCAACGCCACGCACUUUGCCCCGGUGUGCCCUCAGAGCAUCGUGGAGGGCCGCCUGCCGGACGUGAUGCUGCCGGUGUGGUUCACCAACAGCAUCGACGUUGUGUCCACAUACGUCCAGGACCAGAGCGAGGACUGCCUCUAUAUCAACAUCUACGUCCCCACUGAGGAUGUCAAAAGAAUAUCCAAGGAUUGUGCCAGGAAACCGGGCAAGAAAAUAUGUAGACAAGGAGGUAUGUAUGAUCUGAACGCAACCUAUACCAUGCCACAGAAAGAAGAAACUAGGAGGGAAAAAAAGAAGAACCUUCUGGUGCAGCUGAGAGCAAUCAUGAUAUCAAGGUCUACAAAUUAUUCAGGUUUCGACUCGAGGCAUCUGCAGGUUUUCAGAAUGCUACAUUUAAGAGACAGGGCCGUUUUUCAACGAUACCUGGAGGUAAAUUUAAGGGCAAUUUUAAAAACCAUAAGUGGAAGUCUUCCUCUGACUGAACAUUUGCAGGUAUUAGCAAAAACAUAUGUGCUACUACAACGCUGAAUGAGCCAUGUGAUUUGUAGACCUUGUGAUGUCGAUACCGAGGUAGUGUUGCUCCACACUCCAUGGUCCAUCCAUGUGUGCUCUCAUUGGUCAGCAAGAUUUGGUGAUGUGAUCGGCUGCCAGAUCUGGGGUCAGAAGCUGUGCGGUAACGAGGCUUGAUGUGUAAGGAGAUAGGAGCAUAUUAGAUCAGACAUGCUGUCACAAACACACACACACACACACACACACACACGUACAGUGAUGUAGUUGCAUGCAGUGUUAAACAAGAUGAGCUCAAGCUAGACCAUGACUGUGUAAUCUCCAUUAAAAGAAGGCAGAGCUGUGUUCAGGUUGGCCCGGGCUGCUGUAUCAAGCACUGUUUCAUCAAGAUAAUGCCCUCCUCCUCCCUCUGUCUCUCUCCCUGUCUCCCAGCCUCUCCCUCCCUGGAUGUGUGCACGCUUUUUAGUGUCUAUACAUGUUUGUAUGAGAGUGUGUAAGAUUGUGUGAGUGUGUGUGUGUGUGUGUGAGAGAGAGAGAGACAGUUGCUGACAGUGUCCUUGAUAAGGUCUGGGUGUUAAUGUCAUUUUCUUGGCAGCAGGCUGCAUUAUCACUUAGUGUACAUUCCUCCUCUACUUACUACACGGAUACAUGUGCACUCUAACCUCUCCUUUCCUCAGACGUGUAGCACGCACAGAGACACAAUGGGGGAGUGCUUUUAAAUUGGGAGAUUACAGAAGCUUACAUGUUAGUCAUACAGCAUGGAGAAUCACCAUUAUAUACAGCAUGGAGAAUCACCAUUAUAAAACCAAGACCCAGACAAUCUGGAGCUUUGCUUAAGAAAACAAUGAAAAGCAAAGAAAAACAAGAUGGUGGAUCUGUGGCCUUCUUAAGGUAGAAAGUGUUACCCACUUACCCACUUACAAUUAUCCACCGUCUGUGCCUCACUUUAUUAACGUGUACAUACAUGAAUGCAUGUAGGCCACAUGUUGUUAACAGGCUUACUCAGCCUUACUCUGUCAAAAAACAAAGUUUAACAACACAGUAUUUAUUAACACUGCAUUAUAACUAGACAGAAGGUAAUACAUUUGAACUUCCUUAUGUAACUGCCACAUUUUGCAGAGAUCUCCUGCAAUAUGUUAUACAUUUCCCUACAUUUUGUUAUCAAUCAUUACUUAUUGCAGAGGAUGUUUCAAGAUGUGUUCAAGAGAGCUAAGGGAUACAGUGACACUUGUGGUGUUGGUCAAUAAUAAUAAUGAUAAUAAUAAUAAUGAUAAUAAUGUAGAUAAUUAAUUGUAUCUUUUUAAAUUAUUUUUUUAUUGAAGACAUCCAUGUUGGUUGGUUAAUACAUAAUGCACUAUUCAAUUUUCAUAAAAAAAUGCAACACCCAACUUUUUAAUAAUCACUGCAAUAUCUAAUAAGGUAUUAACAAAUGCAGCAGAUCAUUACAACAUGUUGGUUCAUUCCGUCCAGGUAUUAUUAUAUAUUUACAGUGUUCAUUCUACCUCAUUUGUGAACAAUUAAGAAGCUUAUUACAAUUAUUACAGACAGUAGGGCUGCAUAAUAAAUAUAAAUAUGGCCAACUGCAAAUUUCAAAUCAUAAUCAAUUGCAAUAUCAGUCGAAAACAUUUUUUCAAAAUGUGUUUAGCCAGAACAGACAGAUGACACAUGAAAGGACCUGAGGCAGAUUUAAAUCUGGGAGAUAUUCCUCACAAUAUGGAAAAUAUUGGACUUUUUAAAUCAAUAAAAAUCAAGAAAAAUAACAAAUUUGGCUUCUAUUCUUAAAAGUAAAAUACUAUACCCUCGCAUGUAUGUUAGGCUGGUUGAGUGUACAGUAGGGGUGGGGGAAAAAUCGAUACAGCAUAGUAUCGCGAUAUUUUGCGUGGCGAUAUUGUAUCGUGAUAAUAUCGC